AUAUAGAAAGUCUUUUUUAGAGAAAAAUGAGAUUUUUGUAAUAUAUUUGGAGGUAUGAAAUUUUUUAUAAUAAGUGAAAUUUGCGUAAGUUUUAGGUUAAUAUAAGAUGACUCCACCAAAAAGGGUCAUCUGAGUAAAUGAAGAAAGAAAAAGGUGGGGAUUGGUAGGAAUGGGGAGCAAGAAGAGGAAGAGAGGAGAGAAACCCACUGGCCACCCUCGCAACAAAUACUUUGAUAACCCGCCUGAUUUCACCGAAUUGGCCUCUAAAUACUCUACCUUUGCACCAUACGUUUUCUAUUCAGGAGAUGGUCGGCCAAGAAUUGACUGGACCGAUUUCAAUGCCACUCGUGAACUCACCAGAGUCCUCCUCCACCAUGAUCAUGGACUCAAUUGGUGGAUUCCUGAUGGACAGCUCUGCCCCACAGUCCCAAACAGAUCGAACUAUAUUCAUUGGAUUGAAGACCUUUUGUCAUCAGACAUCAUUCCUAAAGUUCAAGCUGACGGAAACACUGCUAAAGGUUUUGAUAUAGGAACUGGGGCCAAUUGCAUUUAUCCUCUUCUUGGUGCAUCUCUUCUGGGUUGGAAGUUUGUUGGCUCUGAUGUUACUGAUGUAGCUUUGGAGUGGGCAGAGAAAAAUGUCAAAAGUAAUCCUCAUAUUUCUGAAUUGAUUGAGAUCAGAAGAGUUAACAUGGACAACCCAGCAUCUUCCAGUGAGGAGUUGAAUGACGAACCAGGAAAAUAUGGCCAAUGUACAGACGAGGCUGUUGUCAUUGGGCCUUCACCUCCUGCUCAUCUCCAAAUGCAUUCACGUAUAGGAAAAGGUUAUGAUGGACCACCCAUACUUGUUGGUGUAGUCAAGGAUGGGGAGACAUUCGACUUCUGUAUGUGCAAUCCUCCAUUUUUUGAGACGAUAGAGGAAGCUGGGUUAAAUCCAAAGACUUCUUGUGGUGGGACUGUGCAGGAGAUGGUUUGUCCUGGUGGAGAGAGUGCUUUUAUCGCUCGCAUUAUUGAGGAUAGUGUUCAACUAAGACAAUCAUUUGGGUGGUACACCUCAAUGGUUGGAAGAAAAACUAACCUAAAGGUACUGAUAUCAAAGCUUUGGGAGGUUGGAGCUACAAUAGUGAAGACAACUGAAUUUGUCCAAGGUCAAACAUGUCGAUGGGGGCUUUCCUGGUCAUUUCUCCCUGCUUCCAAGAAGAUUGUACCAUCCCAUGUGGCUGAAAAGAAUAACUUGUCAUUCAUGCUUGAGGGUCUGCAACGCCAUCAGAGUGCCUUUGAUGUCUUGCAAUCAGUGGAAUCCUACUUCUACAGUAUUGGUGCAUCCUCUAAAUUAGACUCUGCCUCAUUUAAAGUCGACGUAACUUUGUCAGCUGAGCAAUGUAAUUCUAUCCUGAAGACUCAAACACAGAAUGGAAACGAACAGGAUAUAUUAAUAUCUGCAAAUUGUCCCUCUGACCAACUGAAUGACAUGCGUCUGCGUGUUUCUGUAUUCCAGCAGAUACCAGGGACUCUACUGGUGAAAGGAUUAUUGCUCCAGAAAGAGAUCCUUGUACCAGGGGUAUUUUCUGUUAUAUUCCAGCAAUUACAGGAAGUCCUGAAAAGCAAAUUCAGUAAAGGCAUCAGAUGAUGGUUCCUUCUCUAGGUGCAGAGGAUUGCCUGCAUGUGAUCUGCAAAACUUCUAAAUCUAGUGAUGAUACAAGUGUGACUUAUAUGCAACCUUUACCUUUUCCCCAAAAAAGUGCGACUUAUGCACGUCUAAACAGUUAGGUAGGUUGUGUGGGACAUGUAGUAUACAGGGGUGGAUCUACGGUAUCGGUGGGCGUUCCCGGGAACCCCCACCCGCUACCGUAAGGCUUAAUUCUCAAUGGGUUUAAAUAUUAACAGGUAGGAACCCAUAACAAAGUAAUGGGAUUGCUUAGUGGUAGGAGGGAAAGACUUGAGAUGCAUGCCAUGUUGCUUUUGGUCAUGAGUUUGAGCCUUUGUGGUGGUUCUUUUUUUUGUUUAAUUUUUUCCAGUAUUAUUUAUUUUAUUGGGAACCCACAAGUUUGAAAUUUUGGAUCCGCCUCUGGUAGUGUAUCUUUCUUUGCUCUUCUGUUUUAUGAUAGAAUUUUGUUCUUGAUUUGGCUCAAAA